UGACGCGUAGGGUUUCCUAGGCUAUCUGCCUGUCGCAUGUAUAAAUAGCCUGCUCCUCUCGUAUUGUUCCCACAAUAUUCCAACUCUGCCCUGCGCAAAGCAAAACGCGAGGCCUCUUCUCCUUCUGUUCGAAGUUACCUCUCACAUCAGAUUAGAAGGAACUUGGCAGUUUUAUCUGCUAUAUCUGCAGCUCGCCAAAGUGGAGGGUAUUAAGUUCGAAGCUUCUUUUAUGUCUGAACGGGCCACUUUCUUUUUGUCAUCAAUUGGGUUACUUGGUGAGUACUGUCCUACUAGAAAAAAGAACGGACAUACUGUUGAUAAAGUUGGAUGCAUGUAUCUUGGCUUAUUAGAAGGCUGCAGUGCACAGAGUUUGGGUUGCCGGUUUAUACGUCCUUUUCCAAUUGCUAACUUUAUUGGGAAAGGAGGAUUUCUGGUCACAAGAAAACCUGCUUCUGGCUUGUGCAACCUCUGAGAAACUUAAUCCACCAGUCGGAGUGUAGACUGUAAUAACAAGAUGGCAUUACAAAACAUUGGUGCUUCAAACCGUGAUGAUGCCUUCUAUAGGUAUAAGAUGCCAAGAAUGGUAACGAAGAUUGAAGGUAGAGGAAAUGGAAUCAAAACUAAUGUGGUUAACAUGGUUGAGAUUGCAAAGGCUCUUGCUAGACCUGCUUCUUACACCACAAAGUACUUUGGCUGUGAGCUUGGAGCACAAUCCAAAUUUGACGAGAAGACUGGAACUUCCCUUGUUAAUGGUGCCCAUGACACUGCAAAGCUUGCUGCUCUUCUUGAAAACUUCAUUAAGAAAUAUGUUCAGUGCUACGGCUGUGGCAACCCCGAAACUGAGAUAGUGAUCACUAAGACCCAGAUGAUCACCCUGAAAUGCGCUGCUUGUGGAUUUGUUUCAGAUGUUGAUAUGAGGGACAAGCUUACGACAUUUAUUAUCAAGAACCCGCCUGAGCAAAAGAAGGGAUCAAAAGACAAGAAGGCAAUGAGGAGGGCUGAGAAGGAGCGGCUUAAGGAAGGGGAGGCUGCUGAUGAGGAGCAGAAGAAGCAUAAAAAGGAGGUAGUGAAGAAGAAAGGCACCUCUGGUAGUGCAAAGGAUGUUGCUUCCAAAACAUUAACUAAGAAAAAAAGCAAUAGCUCUGAUGAGGAUCACUCCCCAGCUCACAGCCAGGCUGAUGAGAAUGACCAAGCAGUCGAUGAUGAUGAUGAUGGUGAUGUCCAGUGGCAGACUGACACUUCAUUAGAGGCAGCUCGGCAGCGCAUCCAGGAACAGUUGAGUGCUGCAACUGCUGAUAUGGUCAUGCUUUCUACUAGUGAUGAGAAGCAAAAGUCUGCAAAGAAUUCUCCAGGACGUGAAGGGAAAACUGAGAUUAAUGGACACAGCAAUGGUCUUACUAGUGCCCAUGGGAACCUGGAGGAAGAGAAGCAAAGGUCUGCAAAGAAUUCUCCAGGACGAGAAAGGAAAACUGAGGUUAAUGGACACAGCAAUGGCCUUACUAGUGCCCAUGGGAACCUUGUUGAUGCCAUAAGGGAUUUCCUGAAGAAGGGUUCCUCUGUAAGUCAGCUGAAAUCCUAUUUGGGUUCACUUUCUGGGAAUUCCCAAGAAGUCAUGGAUGCCCUGUUUGAAGCUCUGUUUGAGGGCAUUGGAAAGGGGUUCGCAAAAGAUGUGGCCAAAAAGAAGAACUACUUGGCAGCAGCCACUCAAGAGGAGGGAUCUCAGAUGGUUCUGUUGCGUGCUAUAGAGUCUUUCUGUGCAAAGGCAAGCCCGGAGGCUGUUAAGGAGGUGGCAUUGGUUCUGAAAGCACUUUAUGACCAUGAUCUGUUGGAGGAGUCCUCUGUAAUCGAGUGGUACCAGCAGGGUUUGGUUGGUGGCAACAAAACCUCCCGGAUUUGGAAGAAUAUCGAACCCUUCAUGGAGUGGCUCCAGAAUGCUGAGUCCGAGUCAGAAGAGGAGUGAUCCUGAACGCUCUUCUUUGCUUGCAUUACUGCUACUAGAAAUAAAAUGGUUUAAUUAAGCUUUAUUCCGUCGUUGAUGUCUGUUUUAGUGGGGUUUUGGAUUCAGUGUGAUGGUCUUGGUAAGCGCUCGGUCUCUGGAAAUGGAAGGAUAAGCAUUGGGCUGGCUGGCUUUUCUGAGCCUGUCAGCUGCCCCAAUGAUUUGCUUUGCUCCUCUUGUUGUUUCUGUUUUUGGUUUUUCACUUUGUUUCUUCUGUUUGAUCUUAAGACGAUAAAUGCUUUUGUUUUGUUAAAUAAGAGUGCUUUUUCUAUCAA